AAGUAAUGACCGAGCAUUGAAAGUGACAAAUAAAUAAUAAGAUUAUCAACCAACUCAUAGUGUUUUAAAAUAUCACAGGAGAGCUUCAUUCAUUGAACGUUAUUGAAAAAUAAGGAAAUAAAACUUAAAUAAAUACGGGUCUUGGAAUCAAAUCGCGACAAAAAAGUACGAAACGGUGCACGUUUACCCCUCGGCUAACUAGGCAUUAGUAUUUGUAUUGGAAACAUUGUCUAUAGAUAUUGACAUAAUCUGCGGUUAAUCUUUUGUUUGUUUACAUUAAAAAAAACGCCAUAAUACCGUGCCAUAUAUAUAUACCGUUUAUAUUAUUGUGUGUACCGUUGUAAAAGAAAAACUGGUUUAUCGAAUGUUAAAAGAUAUAUCUAUUGAAAUAUGACAGACAUAUUGAAAUUUGAUAUUAUAAUUGUGUUCGAUAAAAUGAUCACAUAAAAUUUACACACAAUGACAAAGAAAGUAGUGAUAGAAACUUAUACCAAAAAGCAUUUUUAUGAUAGCGUAACAAACUAUAUAAAAAGACGAUAAUAUGUAUCGCAAUUGUUUAUUUUAAUUGUUAAGUUCAUCAAUAAGCGGGUCGUCGGAAACUAAAAUGAGUGAUACACGUAAACAGAAAUAUAUUUUUACAUUUAUACUUGUUUUUGCAUUGUGUUUUUUAUUGAUGAUUGCUGUUUUUGCAGCUGAAAAGGUGAAAAAUAAUGUUGAAAUUUACCCAUUAAAGCGACCUCAGCAUGAAAUAAUUGGGACGAGUACCGAGAAUAAAACGCUAGGUGUCUCACAUCCGCACGUGACAAACAAGGAUCAAUUUAGGAUACAAAAUGAAUCCAGACAUGAAAGAAAGCGAAAUAUUGAGAAGCUAUGUCAUGAUUAUCCUUUAAUCACGAAGCAUACGAAGGUACACGGAACCUUCUAUAAUAACUAUACAGUCUUCUAUUGUGGCAUUCCAAAAGUAGGAUCUACUUUUCUAGGAACAUUCAUGCCAACAAUUUUGAACUGUACUAAAUACAACACCUGUUCUAGAGGAAUACACAAUUAUGUGAGCCGAGGCGAAUAUAAUGUAACCAGACAGUUAAUAAAACAGGCAUAUGCCUUGUUGUUCGUCCGAGAUCCGUAUCACCGGCUCUUCUCCGCGUAUGAAAGCAAAUUUUUUCGACCGAAUGAAUUUUGGAGACACCUGGGUGUUCAUGUGAUUAAAGAAGUUCGAAGAAAUGCGACUAAAUUAAGUAAACAAUUAGGACAUGACGUAUCAUUUGCUGAGCUAGUCGAAUAUGUGGUAAUUAACCACGAGAAAGGCGUAUCAAUAAAUCCACAUCUGACACCGAUGCAUACUAUUUGCAAUCCAUGUUCCAUCAACUUUGAUUUCAUUGGCAGACUUGAAACAAUGAGUGACGACAUAGAAUAUAUUGUGGAUGAGUGGAAAUAUAAAGGAAUCAUUUCGAAGAAAAGCAAGCCAGCCAGAACGCUGGAGAAAGAAGUACUGUAUAAAAGUUCAUUUGGAAGGAUAAGCGAUAUGUUUAGGAGACUGCAUAUACAUAAAUCUCAAAUUUCUCGAUAUAAACUGUUUCAAAGAACUUGGUCGAGCUAUCAACUACGUGGUUUGAUUCUAAAGGAUUAUGAAAUGCCAUUUUUGAGGAAAGAAGUCGGAAAUAUUAAUGAAGGAAAAUAUAAACUUGCUGUCAAAAAAGCUUUGAACGAAAGUGAGAAUUACGUCAAAGAACUGAAAUCACAACGCGAAGAAGCUUUCAUACAGGCUUACAGUAGCGUGCCAAUGGACCUUCUGUUUAGACUAAGGGAAUUCAUGAAGCCAGAUUGUUUACUCUUUGGUUACGACGAUAAACCAGAGAUAAUAUUCAGUAGGAAAAAAUUAAAUACUUCAAGCUCCUUUACCUACUUCAAGGGGAUGAAAUAGGAGAUAACAUGUUCGCUGAAACUAGAUCAGUCGCAUUCUUACUUGUAAUGUGUUUUAUAAUUUAGAUUAAGGAUAUUAAUAGUUACAGUAACUUAUACUGCCCCUGAAUGAAUUCUAUUUUCAUUGCAUAUGUAGUUUGUUGUGUUAGGGACUUUUCCUACACUGUAACUCAAAGUUUUAAAAUAGAUAUUAGAGAGUUUGAGAUUUCAACCUUCGCCUUCCCCUUCAACGUCUCUUGCGAAGUUAACGUAUGAAGUUGAAGUUCGAUUAAAAUUCCUUGAGAUUUCAAACAUUAGAAUGAACCUUACUUCUUUUAAUCCGCCCAUUCAAUUUAUCCGUAAUUAUGAUCGUUCUUUUCGUGCAUUUUGAUAUCAGUUGUCCGAAAGGGCAGGAAUUUUACAAGAGGUUUUAAAAAUGAAAAACUGAAAAUUAAAUAAACAAAACAUUGCAUUUAAUAUAAUCACAGCAUGGAUUUUAGAGCGAUUACCAAAAAAAAAAAAAAAAAAAAUAAAACGAUAAAAGAAUGUGAACAAUGUAAAAACUCGUUAGUCUUGCAACUGAGCUCCAAACAUUUAGAUUUUAUAUAAAAUUUCGUCAGUAUACAAUGCACGAUUGUAAAUCAUAUAUGAGAGGAAAUAAAAAUGAUUAUUACAUAUUACCAAAAAUUAUUUUCCAUUGGGUUUCAGUGGACCGCGAUCGUGCAAUAUUUUUCCAUAUCAUGACGUUGAACGCUUUCAUAUCGGACUAGUCCCAAUCCGUGACUCUAGUUACCUCCCCUGACGGUCCGUCCAUUGCGGAUCUCGUUUCUGUAGAUUUUUGUUGCUAUUGUCUGUUUGUUUAAUUUGUAAUUUAUGCAACAUUUUGUUUACAUUUACACUUUGAUUAAUCUGACCUAUCAGAUACUGGCACGUAGUAAUUUAUCAGACUGAAAUGAAAUGAAAGUUAUAAUUACGUCAUGGGUUGGACUUGUGGAUGUGGAAUGUUUUCUUAACGUUGUAAUGGAAAGAAUCGCGUGACGUCCACGCGCACGUUGCGACAACAAGUUGACGUCAUUUUCGCGGAAAAUAUUAAUGCGCAUCAAUUUGAUUUGUUUAUUGCGUUUUCGGAGAAUUUUUUUUCCGUAUUUUUUACUGUCUUUCGUGACAGAACUAUAAUUUAGAUAUAAAUUAAUCAUUUGAUAGUGGAUAUGUAAUAUAAAGGUUAUCAACUUUGUAUGUGGAUAUGUGCACUCGUUCUUUCGCGGACAAUAUUGCGCUCCUAAAGUCGCGCAAUAUUACCGAUGCAGAACUCGUGCAUAUAUCCACAUACAAAGUUAAUAACCUAUAAUGAUCAUAUCAACGUGAUAAUGACACUCUGUAUGACUCUGUAUAAUGCCAAACUCUAAGACAGCACAAUAUGAUUUUAAUAUACUAUUUUAUAAGUAAAGCAUCUGCGGAUCCAGGAAUUUUGGUUAGAGGGACACCAACAUUAAAGAGGCGGUCACCCAUUUCAUGGGGUGGGGGGUGGGGUGUAGGGUAGGGUCACACCGAGUUUCAAGACCGACUUUCUUUGUAAAAUGUAAGAAUCAAAGGGGGAAUUAACCCACAAUGUCCCUCUGCCAGGCUCUGGUUCCGUACAUUUAAAGAAUGGAGUUAUCCCAUACGGCUAACAGGAAACGUCUCUCAUCAUGAUAACAUAGAUCUGAAAUUGUCUGAUACUUCAGAAGAAUUUUCCGUCUUCCUAGUACCAUUUUAUGUUUAUAAUUAAAACGCAAUUGUCGUAUCAAGUGUCCGACAGAAACAGAUUGAUUUUAUUUGGAUGUGAAAAUAAAAUGUUCCACCAAAUGAUAAUCGCGCGUAAUUACUUAUUUUUCAAGUAAAAUGACUGUCGUGCCAUGUGCCUCCAUCCAGAUUUCAGUCCUUGAUGCCGAGUAUGUGGACAGAGUAGAUGUGAAAAGAAUGAAGUUUCGACUUUCGUGAUAUCACAUCUUCGGACGUUCAAAACUUCACUUCAUACGACAAAAAGGCCCAUCUGGUAAAAUCGAUACCGCCUGGGGACACAAAUAUGCCGUAGAAGUUAAAGUUUGAACAAAAUCUCAAAGUUUCUCAAAAACAAUUGAUAACUUCAUACUUCCAGGUUCAAUUCAAUGUAUUUAGUUAAAAUUAUUAGCCAUACAAAACUUCAUUAUUCUUAUAUCUAUUGAUAGUGUUUCGCAUCAAAUUUAGUCUAAUUAUAUGUAUGGAUAAUCAAAUAACUUAAUAAGCAGAAAUCCUGAAACUAAGCUUUUUAUUUCGCAUAGUAAUAAAGAGAAGUCUUAGGCUUACGUGAUAUUACAUGGAAAACUUUAGUAGCAACGUGUGAUAUAAAUAAAAUACACGCAUAUCGGUGACGUUUUACCCAAAAUGUAUAUGAGAGACGUUGAAGGGGAAGGCGAAGUUUGAAAUCUCAAACUCUCUAUUCUUCUGAUUAUCGAUACUUUGUUGAAGAUGAAUGUCUUACGCUUGUAUCCGAAUAAAUUUACUAUUUCUGUAAAACAAGUGACAUCCUUUCACCAUUUAAAAAUUGUAUAAAUGUAGAAAGAAGACUGCAUUUGAUCUUUUUAAUGUAUACAAGUCUACACUAAUUAUAUUAUCUUCUGUGCCUUAGUAAUAACAACUAUAGUUCGACCGCGUGUUUUUAGCCAUGACGGAAUGAUACACGGGUUAUAUCUGUAUUCGGUCCAUACCUGGCUGAAAAAUCUCUAUAGAGUAAGCUGAUAUGUAUGUUUUGUUUACAAUGAACUUGAUUAUAUUGCUGGCGCAAUUAGUAGAACGUUAGAACUGCAAAACCCGAGGUGCGAGUUCAAGCCCAGAUUAAGGCCAUAUUUAUUCUCGUAUACAUUUCUUUUUAUUUUAGUAAAGGAUCUUUGAAGACUCUUUUAGAAAAACAAAUAUGUAUUUUAAGAAUAAUGUUUGACUUAAUUGUUUUGAUUGUUCUAUAAUUUUAACAUUUGUUGCUAGUUUUAUUUCAGUUUAAUUCAUGUCACAUAAUUUCAACUUCACUUGCUGUGUCUGUUGACGACCCUUCAGCUGUGCCAGUCUCCGAGUCAGAUGAUGUAUCGGAAUCCGAGUUAAGCUCGAUGAUCACAGGUGCUCAAAGAUUGUCCGUCUAUUGCAAUAUCUAACUCCCGGUGUUUCUGUUCAACUGAAAUCACUAUAUUUCUAAUGUAUAGAAGCCGUUUCACGGUAACUAAAACUAAUAGGCAAGUUGUUUUGUUUUGUUUUUUUUUUUUUGACUAGUUAACACAUCAUUAACAAAUCGAAUCAAUGAACUACAUAACUUUCUCGUGCAAUGUAUAUUGAAACAAACGUUUAUUAAAUAAAAAAUGUGGACUUACGAAGGCUCGAACCUCAAAAAGCAAUCUUCGUAAGCCAGCGCCACAUUAUUUGGGUCAUGCAUUUGUUUUCAUUCAAUGAUAACUUAUACCGCUUUAGUAUGUAUUACAUAUACGUUCCUACCCUUUUUUUUGGCGAAUCAACUGUCCUGCAUGAAUUAGUCACGGCUCAAAAAACGUGGUCGAACUAUAGCUGAUUUAUCUAUAUAAACCUAUUGAAAUACGGCAGACAUCCAAAUACAAUAGUGAUUAUAACUAUAAAACAUUGUAUCUUUAUGAUAGCGUGACAGACAAUAAAAAAAAAACAGAAGACAAUAUUUAUAGCGAUGGUUUAUUUUAAUUGUUAAGUUAAUCAAUUAGCAGACGGUCGGAAAUUAAAAUGAGUGAUAUAUCUAAACAGAAAUAUAUUUUUACAUUUAUACUUGUAUUUGCAGUGUCUUUUCUGUUAAUGAUAACCGUUUUUACAACUGAAAAGUGUGGGUGUAUUUUAGUAUUUUUAUCUUCUCGAUGAUUUUAAGUUUUUAACAUUGGUUUGGUUAAUUUAUUUAGUUUUACAUAUGUUGAUAAUAUACUAUGUAUGUGAUUGUGAAGUAAAGGUGAGGAAUACUUGCACGAAACAGUCAAACGAAACUGAGGUCUAUUGGUGCGCUUAUCACACAAACCGGAUGUAUAUCAAGUCAGAUUGUGAGCCAGUCCGAAAUUCGUAAGUAAAAGAAUCAAACAAGCCGCCUGUUACUCAGUCAGUUUGACAGUCAGUCUGAAUGUGGGUGUGUCUGAAAUUAGUCAGUAUGUAAUUGUAAAGUACGAGUAAAGGUGAAGAAACCAUCGUGGAACAGUCAAAGGAAAAGAGUGUCAGAGAAAACAAAGGUAAGUCAAUUCCAUUUGUGCACUAAAUAGUCAAGCCGGUUGUAUUUUAGUCAAUUUGUCAGCAGGUCUGCACUUCCAUAAUUCAGCGUGUCCAUCUAAUAUUACUAAUGUUAUUUGUCAAACUGUUCCAGACUAAAACUUCAUUAUAACCAAGUUUUUUUAAACGGUAUUCGGCGUAAGUGCGGAUUUCAUGUAUUGAAAAUGUUGGAUUGCAGUAUAUAUAAAGAAGUAUAAUAAGGUAAUUCUUUCAUAUUGUGUAUGCUUUCUCACAAUGUUUUCUUUCCUGAUAGUCCAACACAACACUUUUUAUAUACUUAAAAAUGCAUGGCACUUCAUAAUAAAUUUAUGAAGCUUUACAAAA